ACGCGUCUUCCCUUUCCUUCUCGUCUACAUGUAUCCGCCAUCGCCCAACGAAUGCGCCGAACGGGCGCAUCUCCGCGACAUCGUAUCCUCCACUCGCCAACCCCUAAACCAAAACAUCAAGAGUCGUCCGACGGAGAUGUGCCAAAUUAUACCGUUGACCGUCAGCAAACAGACGAAUUCACCCCUUGAUCCCGCUUGCAGCCUUGCAGCGCAGAUGGCCGCAUUCCCGUAACGUCAACAUUCAGUAUCUGGCGCCUCCUAUGCUAGAAGCCCAAUUUUCGGCCAACGGAGAUGUGCCGUGUUGUACCUUGCACCGUCAGCCAACGAGCAAGUUCGACAUUUGGUUUGCACGUGGGUUUUGUUGCCUGGAUGGUCGGCUCCCCGAACCGUUGAUUGCAAUGUUGGGUGAACGGGCUAGACCAGAAUCUCGAGCGGCGGCCGGCGGGGAUGUGCCAUAUUGUGCCUUUGACCGUCGGCUGAGCGAGGAAUCCAGUGCUUGUGCUUCCGAGGACUGCCUGGAUGGCUGGCUCUCCGAGCUGCUGUCGACUGCGAAGGUUCGCGGGUAUAGGAAUGAGG